AUGAAGGAUCGUGGAUAUCGUUGUGAAAAUAAUCGUACAGAGCCGAGUGUUGCGUUUUAUUUUGACAAUGAAACAGAACUAUGUCUACCAUUUCUAUACGAAGGUUGCGGUGGCAAUGAAAAUCGUUUUUCAAAUAUUGAAACAUGUAGAAUAAAUUGCAUCCCACAAGAUUAUGGAUGGUGUGCAAUGAAAGGAAAAGCAUAUGAGGAUAAUGAGAGUAGCACAGUGAUUUGUUCUGGCCCAGGUUCCGAUCCAUGUCCUGAGAAAUAUGUAUGCAGACAUUUGGCAUUCUUCGGGAUUUGUUGCCCCGAAAAAACUGAAGAAAUGUUUGCGAAAAAUUUCUAUCCCUCAUGUACGAAAGGAAAUUUGGUGAAAUUAGACGGUAAUGGUUUCAGUAUAGCAUUGCUGGGAAAAAGUUGCAACGAUAAAUUCUGUCCCGAGAAUAGUGAAUGUUUCCAACAAGAAGUAUUUGCAUAUUGUUGUCAAUAA